AUGAUUGAAAUAUCUGAACAGGUUCAGGAUAUCGUUGUCAAAGAAUCAGAUGAAACUGGUGAAGUUAGACAUGCAAGAGAUGCUUUACUACUUUGGUGCCAGCUUAAAACAGCUGGAUAUCCUCAAGUUGAAGUUGUUGAUUUUACAAAAAGUUGGCGAGACAGUUUAGCAUUUGCAGCUUUACUACAUCGACAUUAUCCAGAUUUGAUUGAUUAUGAACGAAUACGUCAUAUUGAUAGUUUACAAACCCUGUUAACUGAAAUUCACACUAGUCAAUUGGCUGAAUCACAUCGAUUAUUCAAACCGCCAAAUGGUUUCAGCCUCAAUGACUUAGAAGAAUCUUGGAAAUGUUUAAUCACAGUUGAACAUAAUUGUCAUUUGGCUAUUGUAGAUGAAUUAAUUCGCCGAGAAAAUGUAAGUCUAUUAGGCAUAAAAUAUGAACGUAAAGUUGAAUUAUGCUUAAAUUGGUUACAAGAGAAUAUACAAAUUAUUAAUUUAGCAACACAAACUGAAGAUAUGAAAUUAUUAGAACAAAUGAAUCUAUUUAAAGUAUAUUUGAUUCACUUAACUACUACUACUACUCAUGAACACUCACAAAUUUUAUUAGAUAUAAGUCAAUGGAAUACAACAAUAAAAAAUGUAUAUGGUUUAUUAAAUGAAAUGAAUGAAGAAUUAUUAUGGAUAAAAGAUCAAAAUGAUUCAAUUAAACCCCUUGAAAUUCUUAAAGAGGAAUUGGUUGAAAAUUUCGGUCAGGCAAAUGGAUCAUAUAAUUGA